ACCAUGGCGUAGGACCCAGUUAGAACGCAUCCAAAGUUGCAUCUCAAAUUUGAAACGACACCCACAACCGUUUCUACGGGCGGCCGCAAAAUGGAACAAGAUCUGAUCAGAGGGCUGGCUGGGAAGUCCAAAUUCUGCUAUGAAUUAUUAAGCGAGUUGGCGACAAACAGAUUAGAUAAUAUCUGAAUUACUUUCGCCGCCCCCAGAGCCAAACUCCCGUCCCGCCUCCUAACAACACGUCAGUUCUCUUGAUCAUCGUCGUCCUUUACUCUGAUAUGCAGUUCAGACAAGGAAAAAAAUUAACGAGUUCACUACUGUACUGUAGCUCCAGUCCGUCCACACACGUUUGGGUUAUCAACGAGUGACUUUGUGCCUCUGGCACGGUGUUGUCUGAGCGGAUAGCACACGCUAGCUGUUAUCAAUCAUCUAUUUUUUUUAAUAAGUCUGAAGUGAAGGAUUGCUGUACCGUGAAAGUGCUCGAAACUGUUCUUAGUGCAUUUGUAACGCCAAACAAUUCACCUUGAAAUUUGUCAAUCAGUCUUGAUUCAAAAGCAUUUAUGACCAUUUUUUCUGAGAGAAAGACGGCAAAGGAAUAAUAAACAAUGAAUUAAUGUACAGUUAAAGUGCUCUAAAUUGUUCAUAAAGCGUCUGUUGCCGUCAAAUAAUUCCAUCUUGAAGACUGUCAAUCAAUCUUAGCGAGAGUAUAGUAUCCGUGCUGCUUGAUUAGUGAUUAUCUUGCUUCGUACAAAGACUAAAAAGAAAAAAAAAUAUAGUGAAAGACAACAACAACAUUAUGGAUAAAUGAUUAAUUUACAAAUAAUUCAUCUUGGAAUCUGUCCGGUGAUAUUUCUUCGCGAGUGCGGUGGUCUGUGCUUGCUCCAACUGUGGUUCAUUUGACCUCGCACAGAGAAAAUAAUAUAAAAAAGAUAAAACAAACAGAGCUAAAAUCACGGACGGCCACUCGAUAAGAUUUAGUGCUUUUCAGUUAUUCGUGCCGCGAUAUAUAUACGAUAUUCAUGAGCUUGAAGGAAAAAAAAUGAAAGUGCUGAUGUGAUCGUCGACUUCGAUUUGUGACCGCUAGACCGAAGCUACGAUUUACUAUGCCGUCGGUGCCAUGCCCGAGGAUGUUACGAAGGCUACAAGGGCGUGGCCCAUUCCUCGUUCUCUGUGGUUUGACUUUCUUCGGCGUUUUUGUUGCAUUGGCCUACAUUUCAACGUUCAACGAAUCUGCACAGCUCUCCGGACAUCCCUCUUUGGCAAAAUAUACUGCCGGAAGCUUAGAUGGUGAAAUCGGCUCAGUUGUCUUGGUCAUCGGCAAUGCCAGCAGUUUAUUCUCACACGUAGACUUAGUCGAAAAAACCGACAACACGCCCACCAACGAUUCAGAAAACAUCAGCAGUAGUCUCAUACCGCGCAGGAACGCCCACGAGAGUAAUGUAGCCAUAGGCCCAACUUCCAUCGACUGUAACACCAUACGCUGUAACCUAACAGACAAAUCCAUACCCUCCAAAGAUGACAAGGAAACCAAAGUCCUGUCGAGGAACCUCACCAGCGCCUCCAUUAACAUGGGUGACAACAGAACAAGGUCAUUCACCAAUGACUCUACCAACAGGGAACCGUCCCAUUACCUGAUACAAACUGCAGGAUGCAAUAUACUAGACUUUCCCUUGUCACACCCAGACAUCGUUAAAUACACCUUCAAGGAAGUUCCAGAGCUCGUUUGUUCCAACGCUCCGCCCCUGACAGAAGACUCGGGGCUCACCCUAACAUUGAGGGAGGACCGGAUAGCAGAUUAUGGGUUAACCAACACUUCCCUCUCUUGUCUUUACCGAGGUAUCCUGCGAGUGCAACAGGAUCCCAAAAAAUAUAAUUUGGACUGUGACAGGAAAUUCAAGCUGAAAGAGGAGAUUCCAAUAGUCAGCAGAGAAACUCACAUAGACGAGGACGCCAUUUUGGUCACCUGUCGAAAACGAGACACACAAGAGAAGCCCGUCUAUCAGAACGUGCACUUUUUCAUUCAGCCCACAAGAGCCGAACGGAAACGGGAUCUCCUUCAGGCCGAGAGGACUACGAAAGGAGGCAGACCGGAGGUGGAGAAGCUGAGCGUCGUCAUUCUCGGGACAGACGCCGUCUCGCGGGCCAACCUCGAGCGUCACAUGCCCAAGACGCACGACUACCUCACCAACCGCUUGAACUCCAUUAGCCUCAAGGGCCUGACCAAAAUAGCCGACAACACGCACCCGAACAUCAUAGCCCUCCUGACAGGUCUCUCGAUGGACGAGCUACGCAACCACAAAUGCAGGAAGGGCAGGAGCAAAUCUAAAUUCGACGACUGCCCCAUCAUCUGGCGAGACUUCUCGAAGAAGGGUUACGUCACGGCCUACGCGGAGGACACGCCGCACAUCGGCUCCUUCCACCACAACAUGCACGGGUUCGUGGAGCAGCCUACGGACUACUACAACAGGCCCUAUUACAUAGCCGCCGAGAACUUCACCGGGCACAGCGGGAACAUCAAGGGCUCUGUGGGGUAUCUGUGCCAAGGGGCACGCAAGAGCAUCUCCAUAAUCCACAACUACUCUCUGGCUGUUGCCCAGCAACUGCAAGACAUCCCUUAUUUCGGCUAUUACUGGACGACCUCCAUGACUCACGACUUCCAGAAGGCUGCCCUGAGGGCUGACGAGCCCUGCUAUAACUUUCUAAGAAAGAUGAAGGAGAAGGGCUUCCUGAAUCACACCAUCCUCUUCUUCAUCAGCGACCACGGGAUGAGACAAGGGGAGUUCAGGUCUACUUACGCAGGGAUGCUGGAAGAGAGAUUGCCUUACGCGAACGUAGUCUUUCCAGACUGGUUCUUACAGAAGUACCCAGAAGCCAUUAAAAACAUGAGAACAAAUACUAAGAGACUAACUUCCACGUACGACCUUCACGUUACGCUUAGAGAUAUUCUGGAUCAAAAUUACAAAGAUCCCAGUACAAUUAAACCGCGGCACAAAAAAGGUCACAGCCUGUUCCAGGAGAUCUCGGGAAGUAGGACCUGCCGAGACGCAGGCAUCCCUAACCACUACUGCGCAUGCGAAAGUACGACAGAAGCUGACGCCAAGGACAUUUAUCUUAAAAAGGCGGCAAAACACGCAGUAGCAACGCUCAACGAAGGGCUGGCGGCAUUCCCAAACUGCUCACAACUUCGGUUGGAUCAGGUCAUGAGAGGACGAGUUGGAACUGCCAGCAGAAAUACGAGGCCUAAAAUGAGGGAGACAGCCAUUACAUCUUAUAUCGUCACCUUUUCAACUGUCCCAGGCGGCGCCAUAAUGGAGGCGUCUGUGAAACGACGAAAAGAAGAUUACAAGGUGUCGUCUGAAAUCUCCCGGAUCAACAUGUACGGGAACCAGAGCCACUGCAUAAGUGACGAAAUCUAUCGGAAAUACUGUUUUUGCAACGAUCUGUUGAGAUAACGCACAACCCCUCCCACCAGAUGGGGUUGCUGUUGGGGGCUGGGUGGGGAGAACCCCUAUUACGUAGUAUAUCAAUCCACUGAUUGCUCAAUAUGAAAUAUUCAUCGUGUAAUGACCUGAUUUUUAAAAGGAUUUUUAAAGCAGUAAAGAUUUAUUUUGUACCUUUA